GACACAUGUUAUACAAAGUAUGGCGUUAGGGUUAGGUAAUAUUUUUCGAAAUUUUUCAAUAGUUGCUCUAAUUUUAUUACCUAUUUUCUUCAUAAAAUAUUAUUUCUACAAAAUUUUUGCUUUAGACAGCAAGAUAGUCAUGCCGCAGUACUCACGGACUCUGAGCGAUCUAAUCGUCGAUCUAAUUCGGAUAAUCUAAACGAAAGAUCAUUUCCAGGUUUGCCAGUGAUGUGUGGUUUUAUUGAGUUUUAUUCCAUCAUUCCAUCCAGGCUUUUCCAUUAUAUCACUGAUUGGUCUCCCAAGGUGCAACACAUUAUUGCUUAUGAUGCUUAAUUGUUUCAGUGAUACCAGGAGGAUGGACCAUCACAUUAGCUUUAGCAGCUGUUACCUGCUGCUUAGGAUCAGCUGUACCAACAGGAUUUAAUAUAGGGGUACUAAAUAAUGCAGCCCAUCUGGUGGGUGCAUUUUGUAAUGAAAGUAUUAGAGAAAGAUAUGGCAUGGAUGUAUCCGAAAAUGGCCUGAAAAUAGUUUGGUCUAGUGUUGUCUCAAUUUUUCUCAUUGGAGGGGCAGCUGGUUCAUUCCUCUCAAGCUGGGUGGCAGAUAGAUAUGGAAGAAAAGGAGCACUGUUUGUUGGAAACAUAUUUGGCAUUAUAGGAGCUGCAAUGUUUUUUCUAAUACGCAAAUUAAAUUCAAUCGAAAUUUUGUUAGCAGGCAGAUUAGUUGUUGGACUAUCUGGAGGUUUCGCGACAAGCAUAGUACCAAUGUACAUGUCAGAAAUUGCACCACUUAGGCUAAGAGGUGCAGUUGGAGUAAUAUGUCAACUAGGAAUUACAUGUGGAGUAUUUUUAGGGCAAAUUGCAGGACUUGAUACAGUUCUAGGAACUGAAAAUUCUUGGCAUUAUAUGCUAGGAGCAUUUGUUCCAUUAUGUAUAUAUGCCUUGGUUUUUACAAGCAUUAUUUUACCAGAAAGUCCUAAAUAUCUAUAUAUAAUCAGGGAACAGAAGCAGAAAGCUUUGGAUGAACUGAGUAGAAUACGUAAAAUGGAUAUAAUGUUACUAGAAGUGGAAAUUUCUAGUCUACAGCAAGAAAUAGAAACAAAAACAACAGCCGAACCUUGGACUAUCAAGCGCAUUUUUAAAGAUCCAAAUCUAAAGCUUCCUGUAUUUUUAGUUUGUAUAAUACAAUUCGGUCAACAGAUGAGUGGUAUAAACGUUGUAUUUUACUAUUCUAACUCCAUAUUUAUCAAUGCUGGACUUGGCAUUACUGGAGCACAAUAUGCUACUCUUGGUACUGGUGUGGCUAACAUUGGUAUGGCUCUUGCUUCAGUACCAGUGAUGUCAACUUUGAAUAGGAGAGGUGUCCUACUUACUAGUAUAUAUUUGUGCUUAGGAUGUUUGAUAAUUUUAUGUACUUCCAUUUUAUUAAUUCAUCUGUCAUCGCAUAUGCCAAUAAUAUGUACGAUAGCCGUUCUGGCUUAUGUGAUAUUUUAUGGAAUUGGUCUUGGACCAAUACCAUACUUCAUUGGAUCUGAAUUAUUCGACGUUGGUCCUAGACCAGCAGCUAUGGCACUUGGUAGUGUUUUUAAUUGGGGUGGAAAUUUUAUAGUAGGAAUGACGUUCCCAACAAUAGAAAGUAUCAUGGGACCAUAUACUUUUUUAAUAUUUGCCGUAUUUCUUUUAUUAUUAGGACAAAUUGUUAGGAUAUACUUACCUGAGACUAGAGGAAAGAAUACGAUGGACAUUGCAGCAUCAAUAAGUCAAGGAUUUAACUCUAGACCAAAUUCCAUCCGUCAUGCUUAAAUUUAAAAACUGGUACUUUAUAUGGUCUAAUACUUUCUAAUGAAUAGAUAGGUUUACAAUUUUUUCGUUGUAAGGUUUAUGUAAAUAUUUAAUUAAUAAGGAUUAUUUUUUUACGAUUUAGAUAAGAAAUUUAUUAUACUUUUAUUUUUUAUUUUGUUAAUACUGCAUUUAUCUAAACAUCUGUAUCUAAAUAAUUACAAAUUUUGAAAUAUUCAAUUUAUUAAUAUAA